AUGUCUCGCCCUUCAGUUCUAAUUGUUGGAGCAGGUGCUCUCGGAUUAGUCGCCGCUUAUACAUUGCAAGAGUAUGGAAAGUGUGAUGUGUGUUUGGUUGUGAAAUUUGGUGCGGAUCUUGUACGCAAAGAUGGAUACACAUUCAAAUCUGCUCAAUUUGGUAGCUUCGAACAUUGGAAGCCUAAGUAUAUUCUAGAGUCAGUAGCUGAAACUACUCAUCAAUAUGAUUAUAUCAUUGUGUCGGUGAAGAAUUUGCCUGAUGGACCAGAGCCUGUCAAUGACAUUGUCCGCCCUGUCGUUAAAAGGUGUCCUCAGUCGGCUCUUAUUUUGUUCGAAAAUGGUAUUGAUAUUGAGAAGCCUCUCAUCAGGGAGUUCCCUGGUCAUGCCAUUUUUUCCGGUGUCUCCUUGAUCAAUUGUACCAACAUCGAUAGGGUUGUGAACCAAAAAAACAAGGAUAGUAUCCAAUUGGGUAUCUUUGAGAAUCCAACUCUUAAGGACAAUGCUGUAGCACAGAAGCAGCUUGCGGAGUUCAUAAAGUUAUAUCACAUAGACGGUAUGAACACUGUGACUUUGGAUGAGAAUGUUAGGUUUUCUAGAUGGAAGAAGUUGGUCUAUAAUGCGUCAAUUAACACAACUACAGCUCUAGCCCAGCUGGAUGUUACUAGAGCCACAAUUUGCGGCUUCAAGGAGGGUCUCUGUAGGCCAAUCAUUGAUGAAAUCUAUGCGAUUGCCAAGGCUGACGGUUACAUAAUUCCACCAGAAAUCGAAGACCAUAUGUUAAAUUUAUCUAAUGGUCUCUUCUAUAAACCUUCGAUGUGUGUUGAUGCCGAAUUGGGAAGGAUGAUGGAGAUUGAAACAAUUGUUGGAAAUCCCUUAAGGGAAGCCAAGAAAUACGGUGUCCCUGCACCUAGAUUGGAAACCGUUUACCAUCUUCUUAAGAUGUUGCAGUAUAGAAUCAUGGAAAAGGAAGGUCUUAUUACCACCGAUGAAGAAAAUGGUGUCGCCCACAAAAAUUUCUAA